AUGUCUGUACCCGAGUCUGUCACUUUUCGGGCUCGAGCUCGUGAAUUUGUAGACCUACACGACCAGGUGGAAACAAGCGUUGGCCUUUUGGAUACGCUCGAAACCUUUCUAUCCACAUUCCAGAACGACCUGUCGUCGGUAUCCGGGCAAAUAUCAGACCUGCAAGCACGCAGUAAAGACAUAGAGAAUAGACUCAAGAGCCGCAAGAGAAUUGAGAAGCCACUGUCAAACCUCAUAUCCGAACUCACGCUCCCUCCUCCUCUCGUCGCGGCCAUACUGGACACAGACGUCUCUGAGGCAUGGCUUGUGCCAAUAGCAGAUCUUGAAGCACGCUUGGAAGCAUUGAACGCGCGUGAACGUGUCCGUGCUGCGCGGGACUUGUCCAAUGUCGCUGAGGGUGUGCGCAUCGUUGCAACGACAAAACUUCGCGCGUUCUUCCUCGCGCAUCUAGCGCCUAUACGACAAAGCAUGACUACGAACAUGCACGUCCUACACGGAGCGGUACUCACGAAGUACCAUCCGCUUUACGUCUUCUUACAGCGGCAAGCGCCGCCCGUUGCGACCGAGAUCCAGAGAGCCUAUGUUGCUGCAGCACGCACGUACUAUGAGACUGGUUUUAGGAGAUAUAUGCGUAGCUUGGGGUAUGUGAAGGCCAGGACCAUUGAGAAGGAUGGCGGCAUCACGUCUAAUCUUGAGGGAGGAGCGCCACCUUCUAUUGAUGCGACGCGACUAGGCUUCGCGCAUAUGGAAGGGGCAGGCGUCACGCUCAUGCUGAUGGCGGAUAACAAGACAUAUACAGAACCGGUCGAAUCGCUACUCAGAUCGGCACUACUUGUACUCAUGGACAAUGCCACGGCAGAAUACGCAUUUCUAGAAACGUUCUUCUCACCGCCGCCUCCCGUAUCCCGAACCGAGCCUCAGCUUCCUGCAACACCUGGGAGCGCUCUCUUCUCUCCAACGCUCAACGCGCCCACAGACUUCGAUGACAGCGUCUCUGCAGCUGGAACGGACUACCUUGAACACACCCCACGCGCUUCUUCGCACCCGAUGGUACCUGCAGGUAGUCAGCGGAAGAAAGAGGACGUCGCAGCGUUGGCAGCUCUGUGGAAGACGAUCUUCGAUCCCGCGCUUGACAACACUCAAACAUUCAUCAAAGCCGCUCUUGAACCCGUGCCGCCUGUUGUGCCGUUGCUGACGAUGAUUCGUCUCGUCGAGGGUGUCAUGGCUGAGACGCAGAAGCGAGGCUGCGCACCACUAGAGAACAUACUUUUCGGUGUGCGUCUGCAGAUGUGGCCACUAUUCCAGCGCGCAAUGGGCGAGAUGGCCGAUGCAUUGAAGAAGCUCGCGGAGGGCGCGGGUGGCGGAGGGUACUUGAGCUUUAGUAGCCGGCCCAAGCUGACUGACGCGAAUGUGCUGCUGAUAUGCAAGCGAUACGUGGUCAUGUUCAUGUCCUUCGUCAUCCUCACGGAGCAGAAUGAAGAGACGAUGAUAUUCUCGAACUUGCUUCGACUCAGGCAGGAGCUCACGAAGCUCAUUGAGACGCAUACGGAGAAGCUUGGAGAUGUAUCUGCUAGAGCGCGCGCACAAUCGAGGCUGUACGAGGAACUCCUUCAGGGUCUGAAUAAAGAGUUCCGGCCCGCGCCUGCGCAUCCUCGCGCAGACACCGAACUCAAGUACUGGCGGGAUAAGGAAGCUGAAGCUCGUACUCGCGUCCGUAGGUAG